GUGGCUUGUUAGAAAAUGUCAGCAUUUGCCCUCCUUUACGCUGGUGAAAAGUGCUGUGAAGGAGGAAAGUUGUCCCACACUCGCAGAAAGUCCUCACUGAGCAGCGACGCACCCGCAGACGAUGCACUGCUUUGCAAAGAUGGCCAAUUUAGCGGCUCGAACUUGCGGACUAUUGCUGGAUCCCAUAAAAAAGACUUGCGUCCUGCUCGUAUACCUGUAGGAGCGCCAGUCCUCGUCUCACAAGAAUGAAUGACGACGAAGGAAUCAAGACGUUUUACAUCAUCAUUGAAGUGGUCAUCGCUCUCUUCUCCAUAUCCGGCAACGUCCUGGUGUGCUGGGCCGUGGCCAUCAACACCACCCUGAAGAACGCCACCAACUAUUUCCUUGUGUCUUUGGCGGUGGCGGACAUUCUGGUGGGCUGCCUGGCCAUCCCCUUUGCCAUCACCAUCAGCAUAGGCAUCCGAUUGGACUUUUACGGCUGCCUCUUCCUGGCCUGCUUCGUCCUGGUUCUCACCCAGAGCUCCAUCUUCAGUCUGCUCGCUAUUGCCAUCGACAGAUACCUGGCCGUCAAAAUCCCUCUCAGGUACAAGGAGUUGAUGACAGGCAAGACGGCCAGAGAGAUCAUUGCUAUUUUAUGGAUCCUGUCCUUUGUCAUCGGGCUGGUCCCUUUCUUCGGCUGGAACAUCAAGCACUCCAGUUGCGGGAAUUCUACAGCGGACAACACAACGAAUGCGGAGCCAAAAAGUGGACGCUUACAGCUCGGGAGCUGCAAGCUCAAGUGUUUUUUCGAGAGAGUGGUGGACAUGGAAUACAUGGUCUACUUUAAUUUCUUCGUUUGCGUGCUGCUGCCGCUCCUCAUCAUGCUGGGCAUCUACAUGAAGAUCUUCACGGUGGCCAGGAAGCAGCUGAGGCAGAUCGAGCUCAAGUGCGUGGCCAACGGGGACAACCAGCAUCACGGCCUGCUGCAGAGGGAGAUCCGCGCCGCCAAGUCCCUGUCCAUCAUCGUGGGGCUCUUCGCCAUCUGCUGGCUGCCCGUCCACAUCCUUAAUUGCCUCACGCUCUUUUACAAGGACCUGCACAAGCCUGAGGAGGUCAUGUACGUGGCCAUCAUUCUGUCCCACGCCAACUCGGCUGUCAACCCAGUCAUCUACGCCUACCGUAUCCAGGACUUCAGAAACACCUUCCACAAGAUCCUGAAACAGUAUGUGCUGUGCCGCAAAGAGGAGGUCUACAUCAGCUCCAACGGCAGCAGGCGUACCAGAGACCAGGUCCACAUGACCGUAGACCCCCUGCUAUAGACUCGCCACUAUUUUCACUGACUGAUGUUUACACGAGCAGGGUGUGAUGGCAAGCGCGGCUCGGGGAAUCAAAAUCCUUUUUUAAAGGAUUCGUUGUCGAUUAUCGUUAACGCUAACUGGAUGUCUGUAGGACUGUGAACGGGGGCCAAACUUUAAAACUUUGUAAAAUGCUAUUUAUCUUUGUGAAUCAGCCCUGACAGAACUGAAACAACCCUUCUUUUUAAUACAUCUGAGUGUAAGUGCAACUUUUUAUUUAUUACUGUGAUGUAUCUUUGUGAAUGUGAACAAGUCUUGGUGAGUCAAGACCUAUACUACUUGUGGACCUCAAUAGGUACAAUAGAAGUACUUGUAUACAAUGGUUAUUUUUGUUCAAAGUUUGUUAACCAUUUAUAAGGAAAACGACUAUUUUUGGUAAAUUAAAAAACAUACAUAAAUUUUGGCUCAUGUAGUCCGCACUAAUGCCUGGCUGAUAAAGAUAAUAAAUUUAUAAAAUCAAUUUAUCUUUUUUUUGCCAAUGAUUUAAAAAAAAAAAGUUUGUUUGCAAACAAGGUAAUCCAGCAACCAAUUAUUCAAAACAUUAUUCCAAGAAAAAGUGUUUGUUUUUCUGCGUAGUUAUUACUUGUAUUUGGAGGCUGACAGCACAAAUAGGGGCAAAGGAAAAACCAUUUAAUAUAAAACAUGUUUUGCAUAUAACAGUGGGCGCUAGAUAUCGAGGAAUAGAAACAGAAAUACACGUUCAUCACAGUGCAAAUAGCGUACUGCAUGUAACACGUCACCUCUGCCCAUUAAUAUUCAUGACGUUAGCAACUGGUGUUAAGUGGGGUCAAACUCACGGUUGUCCCUCAUGCUCGACGCAUGUAAAUAGUGUGCAAACGAGAUGUCUACUGAGCCAAACCUAUCAAUUCAGUCCAAAAAGUAUGUCCCUGGUGCCAGAUUCACUGGUAAAGAUGUGGAAGAACAUACAAAUCUUCUGUCAAAGAGAUGGCUUGAGUGUCGAGGGCUGAAAAAGACGGGAAAAAGAGCAGACCUGAUCCAGAGGUAGCUUUUUUAUCGACACCUUUUUCUUGUGUGCAAUGCCUUAUGCCACUGACAAUGACAUUCUCCUGUUUCAACAAGCUAUUCUUUACCACCAUAUGCCCUGUCUUACUCAUAUAUUAUAUCCUCUGGUUGUCUUACGUCUCUGACCGUUCUUGGGGGUAAUUUAUAUUGCUAUUUUUCUGUAGCGAUCGCAAAUGCUACUCAGUGACAGCCAACGAACACUUUUUGUGAUUGUGAUUUUUUCAUUAAUCACAAAUAUUAAUUCUAUUAAUUUAUUUACACUUCUCCCUUACUAAAUUUGUUUCUUUACAACAGAAAAGGUAACAACAGUGGCAGUCAGAUACCAUUUUAAUUUUUUUCAGGUCAUUCAUUGUCAGACAGAAGCAGCACGGCAAAACGCCACGCUAAAAAAAAAAAAGUAAAAAUAUCAAAAUGGCUUACCUAUUCGGGGCAGGCUGUGGCAGGCAAUGGAUCAGCAUUGUCAUCUGUAGGAGCAUGGCCCCCAACAAAAUGUUUACUGCAUAUGAAGGUGAAUGGCUUCACCUUGCUGGCGUUAAACUGGUCUUUUGGACGUCCGCACAAUUGGAUCCAUUGUUCACAUUUUUUCCCUCUGAGUUUUUGGCUUCGGGAAAUGUAUGAAGAAAACAUCCUUCAUAUGUCGUAAUGUCUAGAUUCGUUUCUACAAGUUCCAUAGCAGCAGUGUUUACUCGGCAUGUUCUUUUUUUCAAAGAUUACCGGCAGAAAACAAGCAGUAUUCCCAUGGGUUGUAUGUGAGCAUGCUUCUAUGUUGACCCCCUUCCAGUUUCCAAUGGUGACGUCACGCAGCCUUGCGGUCUAAAGAUAGCAUUCCUGCGGUACGCUAUUGACGUCGCUAGACGCUCAAUCCAUUUUGACCGGGAGGGGCGAAUGAACGUUCCCAGUCAAAAUUGGACAUUAGCGAUGUCAUUGGCAGCCAAUUAGUGCCCAAAAAGGGUUGAAUUGAAUUAAAUUUGUCUUAAAAAAAAAACGUUUCCAUAAUAUCAGGUCAAAUCAAUCCUUUUAAUUCCCAUUACUAUUCAUUAGACAAUGAGAUAUCAAGUCAAAAUUCAAGCAGGGAAAACUAAUGAUGUGUAUUUUUUUUUUAAGUGUGGUGUUCAAGUGACCUAUUAUUAAUAGGGUCAGUGUGGGCCAUGUGCACUAUUUUCAUCUAACUUUUAACUAUUUUGGAAGAUCUGUUACGAGGGGAAAUUUAGCGCUUUUAAAACUAGAAAGCCAAAACAACGUCAAAGAGAUUGACAUUGCACUUGCUUGUUUUAAGUCAUUUCUGUCAGUGGUAUUUCAAGGCUCCAAACAUAAGCAUCCAUCUUCUCUUUGUGCGCCAGCUGACUUUUCUCAAGGGCUACAGUAAAUACGUAUACAGAGGAGUGUCAACAUUCCAAUGGAGAUAUCGCUACUGUAACUGCACUGUAAUGUUGUGUAAUGUGUAUAAAAAUGUACACAGGUGUCUUUUUGUUUUGUUUUUUUACAACAUAUUUAUGUCUGGUGACCUAAAUAUUUUAUUUGAAUGAUAAUAACAGAUACCUUAAUCCCAAAAAAUUUUCUACCCUGGCGUCUGUCGCCUUUGUGUCAUUAUUCAACUUUAAGUGCAAUCUUUAUGUAAGUUCAGUCAAAUAGUUUGUCAAUAAAAGCCAUGUUUCUAUUGUUCAUGAUCCAACUUUGCAGUAUUUCAAAAGUCGUAUUGAUGUACAGUAUGCUGACAGAUAAAACAAGCUUUUCAAAGGGAAGAACAAACAUUUACUAGCAUGCUGGGCCUCCCUGUUUCCCAACCAAGAUGCUAAAAAUAAAGUGCGAGUCAACAGAUGUUUCCCUGGAAACAACCUCAGAACUCUUUAAUGGAUGCCAAAAAAAUGAAAUGUUCAUCUCCAAAUUCCAAGUGGAAGGAAAGUGGCACUCACGGUGACAAAGUCCCACUAAGCACCGCUGUCAUCUGCUCGUCCGACACACUUUGGGUGUGAGUCACACCCAUGGCCUCGCACAGGUACACAGCCAGAAUGUGUUUGCACUGCAACAAAAGAGCACGACAGUCACGUCGAAGUAGCCUUAAUG